GAACGGCUUAGAACUGCCAGCAGCGGCAGACAUGCACGUCCAUCUUCGCGACGGGGCCAUGACGGAGCUGGUAGUGUAAUACCAUCCGGAAGCAGCCAUCUCGAUCUCCACUGAUACAGAAUAGGCCAACUAUUCGUGCCGGCGGAGUCAACACUGUGUUUGUGAUGCCCAACCUGGUUCCGCCUAUCACGACAGUGAAGCACUGCAUGGACUAUAAGGCGCGCUUGCAAGAACUCGAGCCCAAAGUCACUUUCCUAAUGUCGCUGUACUUGCACCCUAACAUCUCGCCGGAGACGGUAAUUGAGGCGAAGAAAGCUGGCAUUACCGGCAUCAAGUCCUACCCUCACGGCGUGACGACACACUCUGAGCAUGGCGUGAUGUCCUACGAGCAGUUCUAUCCGGUCUUCGAGGAAAUGGAGCGGCAAAACAUGGUUCUUAACCUGCACGGCGAGCUUCCACCCUCGGCAGGCAAGGACAUCACCGUCCUUAAUGCAGAGGAGGCGUUUCUGCCUACGCUGCUGGACCUGCACCGCCGCUUUCCGAAGUUGAGGAUCAUACUCGAGCACUGUACGUCCGCGGCCGCAAUCGAAGCUGUGAAAUCCUGUGGAGCGACUGUGGCGGCAACCAUUACCGCACACCACAUGUUCCUGAUUGUGGAUGACUGGGCCGGCGAUCCGCACAGCUUCUGUAAACCAGUUGCAAAACUGCCUUCCGACCGCCGAGCAUUACUGAAGACAGUAGUUAGCGGGGACCCCAAGUUCUUCUUCGGGACAGACUCCGCACCGCACCCUGCAGAGACCAAACGAGCCGACCGCUUUGCAGCCGGUGUAUUCACGCAGCCGCAUGCGGUGGGCUAUGUGCUGGAGGCUCUAGAACAGGCGGUGGAGCUCGGUGUGUUGAAGGCUGAAGAUGUCACCAAGGCGAAAUUGGAAGGCUUUCUCAGUCGCUUUGGCAGAGACUUUUAUCAGCUUAAGGAUGAGAGUGGCGAACGUACCGUGCUCUCCAAAUCGACCGAGGCGGUUCAAGAUAUCCUCCGAAGCGUUGAUGGUACCCUUGAAGUGGUCCCUUUCCGGAGAGGCAAGAUGGUCUGGACCGCUGUGCUCAAGUAAUCUAGCAGUAUGACCGGAGUCACUCAGCCAGCUUUGCGUAGGCUGUUGUAGUGUUCGCCGAGACCAAAGCCAUGCUUGUAGUAGCCGAGCCACAUGACCUUCUCUCCACCAU